UUCGAAAUCGAAAUCGGGCGCCGUUGGAUGUUUUCUUCAAUGCUCAAGCGCGCCGAACUCGCGUCGUGUGGAAAAGCGGAAUAGAGUAUAGCUCUCUGGGUUUCGCCGUGUUCUUCCAGCGUUUUACGUUCUACGUUCCCCAACUCGUUCGAUCUGUCCGUCUUCUCGGUUCGGCUUUGCAAUCCCCCAACCCCUCCUCCCAAAAAUAAUUCGCGUGUUAUCAAAAAUGUUUACAAGAAACCUACAUAUGUUUAAUGAAUAAAACAAAAAAGUUAUUUAAGUUGCAAAAAAAGUGCUGACGAUUUUAAAUACCCCAUCCGAAAACAAAAAGAAGAAUUUUAUUACGUUCCAUCGCUUUUUGGUCUGCCAUAAAUUCAAGAAAAUAACAGAAAAAGGAGCCAGACAAAGCCAGGGAAUUAUGAAAUUUUAAAGAAAUCCCCAAAACCCAAGACCCAACCGCCACGAAAUAUGUUUAAUGCAUUAAAAUAAAGGAAACGUGUUUAAGGCGAGUGCAAGCGAAAAGGCGAAACGAAAAGAUAUAUACACACGCGUGCAUAUAUAUUUAAACAAGAUUUACAUUUAAAAUCCUCCAAUACACACGUACGUAUAUUUAAACUGUGGCGGCAACAGCAAUAACAGCGAGCUAAAGCGUUCACAAAAAGGUGAUAAUGAUUAUUUCCAAGGAUCUUUUCAUAUUUGGCGAACAAAUUUUUGCAACAAUCAUACCAGAAGGUGGAGCCGCAGCGCUAGCAACCCAGCAGCAGCAACAACAACAGCAGCAACAACAACAGCAGCAGCAACAUCAGCAGCAGCAACAACAGCCGGCAAUUAUAAAUUCAACAGCAACAGCAACAGCAAAAGCAACAACGACGACGGCAGCUCCGUUGGUAAUAAACUCGACGGGAUCGUCAACAGCAGCAGCAGCGGCAGCCGCAGCAGCAGGAGCAGCUGAACAAGUUGUAGAGGAGUCAUUAAAAGUAGCAGCAACAACAGCAACAACAGCAGCAACAGCAGCAACAACAGCAGCAGCAGCAGUUUUAGCAGCAACACUACCAGCUAAACAGGAAACAGUUGCAGUUGCUGCCGCCUGUGUUGCUCCUCGCAAGUUGGCAAAAAUUCAAAAAAUUCCAAAGGAACCCGAGGAACUGAGAGCCAAGAAAAAGGCAAAGUGUGAAGUGGCAGCAGCAGCAGCAGCGGCGGCGGCGACUCAUUACGAAAAAAUGCCAAUGAAUUUGAUGAUCGUGGAAAGUGUUGAGACAGUCGAUAUGGGAUCAUCGGACAAUGACAACGAGGCAACGGAGCAGGUACCGUUGGUGAGUGCCAGCCGACGCAACCUGGCCAAAAUAGUGGCCGAUUGUCGCCUCCAAAUCGAAGUGGAGCCGGCAACAUCGGCGGCCACCGCUGCGCCGCCAGCAACAUCGGAUGCGGCAGCAGCAGCAGCAGCAGCAGCAGCAACAUCGGUGGCAGCCAGCGAUUCUUCGGCAUCAUCGUCGUCGUCAUCUUCCAGCUCGACAUCCUCAGAAUUUACGCACACAUCACAGACAACGAUACCAAGUACGGAUAAUCUAACGUCAUCCAAUGGCCUGGCCAAUAUGGGCAAAAGCAUUUUAGUCGAUGCCAAAAGCAACUCCUAUCACUUCGAUAAGUGCCCGGUCAGCCCGCAGAAGCAGCAUCACAACAUCAACAUAUGCAACAGCCACCACCCACAUCACCACCCACAGAGUCAGCCGCAACACAGUCUGCAGCUGACUUUUCAGAACCUGAACGUCUUGCACAACGAACGCCAAAUACUUUCCGAUGUGAGUGGAUUUGUCAGUCCCUGCGAGGUCCUGGCCAUCAUGGGUCCUUCGGGCAGUGGAAAGACCACCCUGCUGGACUGCCUCAGUGGCCAGCGGCACAUUGACAGCGGGAGUGUCUUCCUCAACCGCGAGCCGCUGACCAAAAAGUGGCGCCGGAGGAUCGGCUAUGUUCUCCAGGAGGAGAUCUUCUUCCCGCAACUGACCCUCCGCGAAACGGUGGUCUACACGGCGCUCCUCCGUCUGCCGGAGUCGAUGCCGCGGGCGGAGAAGAUGCGCCAGGUGGACCACAUCCUGGACGCCCUGGAGCUGGGAUGCUGCCAGCAGACCAAGUUCGGUGACUACCUCAACCGAGGACUUUCCGGAGGGGAAAAAAAGCGGGCGAACAUCGCCUGCGAACUGCUCACCAAUCCGCUGCUGAUGCUCCUGGAUGAACCCACUUCCGGGUUGGACAGCCACUCGGCCAUCUCGCUGAUGAAGGUGCUCAAGAGGUACGCCCAACUGGAGCAGAAAACCAUUGUGAUCAGUGUGCACCAGCCAUCCUCGCAGAUGUUCCACAUGUUCGACAAGCUCCUGCUGCUCCACCAGGGACGCACUGCCUACUUCGGGGAUGUGCACAACAUCUAUCGGCACUUCGAGGAAAUCGGGGUCACCAUCAAGCCGCACUACAAUCCCGCCGACUUUGUGUUGGAGCAGUUGAAGUCGCAUCCGGACAUCCGCGAGAAGCUCUUCAUCGCCGCCAAGGAGUCCCACGGAAAUUAUCUGAACAGGAACUGCAUCACGAGCAGCCACAACCACCAGGUGGUCGGCAAUCCGGAGGGGAUUGCGAAGGGCAAGAAGCAGCCGGAGAGCAUCCUGAUCGACGACAUCAUCAACAACUACUACAACAACCAGAGGUCCGGCCGGCACCACCACCACCACCAGUACGAGAACCUGCACCACUCGGGCAACAACUGCCAGCAACUGGAGGAGGACGAGGAGGCGGCCCAGCAGCUGGUGUGGUGCGCCGCCGACUCGCAGUCGAACUUCAGCUCCUGCGCCUCCAGCGACUGCCACUCGUACAGUGCGUCCAGUCCUUCGGCGGGACACUCCGCCGAUGACGAGUGGCUCUCGUACCCCACCAGCUUCCACACCCAGUUCUGCGUGCUGUCGAGCCGCAACUUCAAGGAGGCCAAGCCGCGCAUGCUCUCCAAGCUCAACUGGUUCCAGACCAUCGGCCUGGCCCUGAUGGCCGGCGCCAUCUGGUUUCAGUUACCCAGGACAGAGGAGUUCCUGCACGACCUCCAGGGUUGGAUGUUCUUCUCGCAGACCUACUGGAUGCUCUUCGCCCUCUUCGGGGCGCUCAAUUCAUUCCCCUCGGAGCGAGAGGUGGUGAGCAAGGAACGCCGCUCCGGGGCCUACAGACUAUCCGCCUAUUAUCUGGCCAAGAUGUGUGCCGAACUGCCUCUGGUGAUCACUCUGCCCACGGUCUACCUCAUGAUCAGCUACCCCAUGCUGGGCUGCACUAGCUUGAAGCUCUUCUUCCUGAUGCUCAUCUUCCUGCUGAUCAACACGAUUGUGGCCCAGAGCGUGGGCUUCUUCAUCGGAGCCUGUUGCAUGGACAUGAAUGUGAGCAUCACCCUCAGUGCUCUGUACACGCUGGCCACCCAACUGUUCGGCGGAUACCUGUCGUCCCGCAUUCCGGAGGGCCUAAGUUGGAUCCGAUACACCUCGAUGAUCCACUACGCCUACCAGAACAUGCAGAUUCUCGAGUUCCGCGAGGGAGCGGCUAUAGGUUGUGGCUCGCCAAGCAGCUACGAGAUCUGCAAACAGCAGUCAACCGAAUUCAUUCCAUACGAGGAAAUACUCAAGGCCCAAAACUCGACGUCGCCGCUGUGGCUGAACACGCUGAUCCUGAUGAUGUUCUUCCUGGUGUUCCGCUGCCUGGGGUACGCGGUGCUGCGCUUCCUGCGGUGCCCCAAGAAGACGUGAUAUCAACAGCUAUAUGGAACAUCAAUCAAUCAAUCCGAGCAGACAUCGAACCAGUGAUACGUAAUUAGUUAAUGCCUCCCGUUUCCCGUUUCCCGUUUCGCGUUUUCCGUUUCUAUAACGCUACAACUGAUCAAACUUGCUAAAUUGCGCCAACUUGUGAUUCAAUUUACUUUCAAGCCACACCAUUUAUGUUUAGCGAUUACCCGAGUAUAACUACGAUUAUCCUUACGAUCCUAAAAUCCUAUAAUCCUAUAGUUCAGUUGAGGUUUGCGGAUGGGCAGUGCGGAGAACUGUUUGUAAACGUUAAUAUUGUUUUGUUUUACGCAUUUUAAUUGUUAGCCGUUUAUGUUAUUACUGGCUAUUUUGCCGCAGGAACACGAGAAUAGAGGAUGGAACGCCCAACUUUAUGUUUUAAUGUACGUUUUAAAGCCCCAGGAAGUAAUUCAGCUGUCUGCCCGAUUCCCCAAACCCGCACACGUAUAUCUACAUAUCUGUAUGUUUAAAUCGAAAACGCUAGUAAUUUUGUAGAAUAUUGCAAAUUUUUUUCGCUUGGGAAAAAACACUGUGAUUUAGUAUGCUAGAUUUUUAAUUAGUUUUAAAGGGGCGGCACCAGCGAAUGGUGCUCGUCGGGAGAAGUGUAAAGCAAAUAAUGUAAUUACAAAUGGAGGAGAUCCGCACAAAUGUGCAUGAGCCUACGGCCUAAAUUGUAUUUUGUUUAUAUUAUCUAAUUAUAUGUAAUUAAACUUAUUUAAAUAUACAUG